AAUAGGCGUUCUGUUUUUAAGUUAAUUUAAGAUUUAUCGUUAGAAAAUGGCACCUAAAAAAACGGUAGCCUCCGAAGAAGGAAUCGCAUCUUCUGAAUCAUCCAAUAAAGAUGAGAAAGUGUUGGGAAAAGCUAAAUCCGAGUCCAGCAAAGCACCUGAUGUGGCAAGGAAAACCCACCUUCAUCCACCAACGAUGAUAAUGGUCAAAGAAGCGCUGAAGGAAUUGGACUCUCGAAAGGGUGUUUCCUCGCAGGCCAUUCGUAGUUACAUAACAGAGAAAUAUCCAUCUUUGGACCAGGUGAGGUUGAAGUACAUGAUGCGCAAGGCCCUGAACAAAGGAAUCGAGAGCGGGGUAUUAGCGAGGCCACCUAACUCCACUGCAAGCGGCGCACAGGGGAGGUUUCGGCUUGCAGUCAGGGGUAAAUUGAAGGAGCCCAAGCUUAAGGCCACUGAGAACACUGAUCCCAAUGUGGCAAAGGCCUCCAAGGCUGGAGCCAAGAAGACCAAAGAGAAGGAAGCAGUUUCUGAGAGAAGAACUACAGCCAAAAAGGAGAAGACUUCAGAGGAUGCAAAACCCAAGAAGGCUCCUGGUGGCUCCAAGGUGGCCCCUACGAAGAAGCCCAAGGCGACGAGGCCUGCAGUGGAAGGAGGGGCUGAGGUGGCUGCUGAGGACCAGCCCAAAGCACUGAAGACUACCAAAGCAGCCAAGAAGGGCGAGGGGGCAGCCAAGAAGGGCGAGGGGGCAGCCAAGAAGGGCGAGGGGGCAGCCAAGAAGGGCGAGGGGGCAGCCAAGAAGGGCGAGGGGGCAGCCAAGAAGGGCGAGGGGGCAGCCAAGAAGGGCGAGGGGGCAGCCAAGAAGGGCGAGGGGGCAGCCAAGAAGGGCGAGGGGGCAGCCAAGAAGGGCGAGGGGGCAGCCAAGAAGGGCGAGGGGGCAGCCAAGAAGGGCGAGGGGGCAGCCAAGAAGGGCGAGGGGGCAGCCAAGAAGGGCGAGGGGGCAGCCAAGAAGGGCGAGGGGGCUCCUGCUGCUAGAACCACAGGGAAACGAGACAAGAAGGGAGCAGCUGAGUGACUUAUCUCCUUUCAUCCAAAUGUGGGUUUUUAAGAUUCACUAUGUUUUUGAAUAAAGCUUAUUUUUUGAAGUUGUUGCGGUA